AUGCCCACUCGCAGAUCGCAAACAACGCGACAAAUAUCCCCGCCCCCCGUGGCCAUUCUUCAGUCCUACACAUGGCGACCGCAUUGUGCCGAGAACAAUGCAGAACGAGAGAGCGCAGAGGAUUCAAGAACCAAGUUCCACUUGCAUCUGAAACUUGAAUGGAAUUACAUUCCUUCAGUGAACUUUAAAAAGACUUUUGCUCUAGAAGGUUUCUUGACAAAAUUCAAAUACCAAGACCUCUUCUGCCGUCGAGCUGAAUAA